GUGGGCUUGUAAACCUGCCUUAAAAUCCAUUAUUUAUUGAAUCAGCUGAUUGACAUUUAUUUUUUUUUUCACAAUUGUCUACACUACUGAUCAAGUUACUCGAUAAAUAUUUUAGCUAAAAAACAAACAGUUGAACAUAAUGGCGUCUGAUAAUCCUGGAAGAGAUACUCCAUCAUCAAAUGAUGAGCCAAAAAAUGCUGGACAACCACUUACUGAUUUUCUUGUUCAGUUAGAAGAUUAUACACCAACAGUACCAGAUGCAAUAAGUGAACACUAUCUUCAUACAGCUGGUUUUAAUACAACUGAUCCUCGAAUAGUACGAUUAGUGUCAUUAGCAGCUCAAAAAUUCAUAUCAGAAAUUGCAAAUGAUGCUCUUCAGCAUUGUAAAAAUAGAGGAGCUAAUCUUAAUACAAAAUCAAAAGCUAAAGAUCGUAAAUUUACUCUAACAAUGGAAGAUCUUACUCCAGCUGUUGCUGAAUAUGGCAUUGUCGUUAAAAAACCACAUUACUUUGUUUAAAAUAUUUUCAAUUUUUAUUUUUAUUUUAUAAGUACUAUAACUAAUCAAUCAUGAACUUUUAUCGCUAAUUAUUUAGCAAAAACAAUCGAAUUAUAAUAAAUUUAAGAAUGCCAGUUUUUCUAAACUACUCUUUUAAAUUAAAUUAAUUUGUGUUUAAUAAAUUUAAUAAUAAUAAAACAAA